GCAGGGCCCCGCCCGUUACGGCGUGGCCAACCCGGGGCGUCCACCGCUCCAGGGCUCAGAGUUAGGACGCGGCACGCCGCAGGUCGUGCUCCUGGGCCACAACCCCAACUGGAGUUGCGCGGACGCGCGGACCGCGCCUCCGCCGCCGCCACGCGAGCCAUGAAAACGCACUUCUGUAUCCCGGUGUCCCAGCAGCGGCCAGACGCGCUGGGGGGCCGCUACACGCUCUACUCCGUGUACCUGGACGGUUUCCUCUUCUGCAAGGUGCGCUACAGCCAGCUGCACCGCUGGAACGAACAGCUGAGACGGGUCUUUGGAAAUGGCUUGCCUCCCUUUCCACCAAAGUUCUAUCUCGCGAUGACCCCGUCUAUGGCCAAUGAGAGAAGGGACCAGUUGGAGCAGUAUUUGCAAAAUGUUACCAUGGACCCGAACGUGUUGAGAAGCAACGUCUUCACUGACUUUUUAAAACUGGUACAGCUGGACGCGUUCAGCAUCCCUACCAAGAAAGCCUCUCUGGACAUAUUUCUGCCCGAUGGAAGGAGCGUUCGCGUUGAAAUCCUGACGUCAGACACCGCUGAAAGAGUCCUAGAGGUGGUGUCGCACAAAAUUGGACUGUGUCCGGAGCUCUUGGGCUACUUUGGCCUCUUUCUCAUUCGGUUUCGCAAGGAGGGCAAGCUCUCUGUCAUGAAAAAACUAGCGGACUUCGAACUCCCUUACGUGAGUCUUCUGAGUUCUGAGGCGGAAGACUGCAAGGUCGGACUCAGGAAGUGGUACAUGGACCCAGCCCUCGACUCCAUGCUGAUGGACUGCAGAGCUGCUGUGAACCUGAUCUACAUGCAGGCAAUACAGGACAUUCAAAGAGAGUGGGCCAAGCCCACGCAGGCACAGAGGCAGGAAUUAGAGGCUCUCCAGAGAGAAGACAGCCAAGCAAAGUUCCUGGAGCUGGCCCGGGAGGUGCGGCACUACGGGUGCAUGCAGCUGGACCCCUGUGUCUGCGACUACCCAGAGCCGGGCUGUGCAGCCGUCAUUUCCAUCGGCAACCACCAGAUCAGCUGCCGCAUCACCCUGCCCGAUGCCCAGACCCGGGACAUCACCUUCCAGAUGAGCAGAGUGAGGUGCUGGCAGGUCACUUUCCUCGGGACUCUGCUGGAUAUGGAUGGGCCCCAGCGAACUCUGAGCCAGGACCUGGAGCUCAGGUUUCAGUACAGCGAGGGUGGUCGCUGGCAGUGGUUUGUCGUUUACACCCAACAGGCUUUUUUGCUGAGCAGCUGCUUGAAAAAAAUGGUCUCAGAAAAGAUGGCAAAGCUAGCUGCAGAGAAUCCAGAAAUGCAGAUUGAAGUUCCGGAACCAGGCAAAAGUAAGAAGUACAACAUUCAACAAAGCCAGAAAAACUAUUCUAGUUUUCUGCCAAGAAUGAACAAGAUUAAGACAGCUGAAGUUGACUGUGUCUGGGGGACCACAAAGGAAGAAGGCCUUUGAAGAGAGAACCCCACUUUUUACAAUGUCCUCUAAGGUUGUCCGAAAGUGCUUCACGGUUAAAAGUGAGCCUCCUACCAUCAGUGAAAGAAAUCGGACCCCUUCCUAUUGUGGUGACAUUAAGAUGAACCCUAUUCAACAGAACUUCAGAACUUUGUUAAACUCAAGAUGAAAAAGAAACACGAGCCAAAGUUACACAGGUGGUUUUUGCCUCGGUGAUGACCAGGGGCAAAUCCAAAUGGAUUAGCAUGAAGCCGGUCUCCAACCCCGCCCCUCCACCCGCGGAUGUUGACCUGGCCCUGGGCAGUCUUUGUUCAUCGGCCGAGGAGCACGUGGCUCUAAGACAGGGAGCCACAGAAAACAAAAUCUGUUUUUCUCCGAUGUGUCCACAGCACCAGGGCAAGGAGGGGAUGGAAUACCGAUUUGUUCCCUUAUGUAAUUCGGAGCCUCCAGUACAGAUGUGCUCCAAGUAAUAGGCUUCCCCGCUCUCCGUGUCUCCACUCCUGUAGUUGUGUUCCAUCCUUGGAAUACUACGUUCAGUUCAGUAGUCAUUUUGCUAUUAUGAAUAUUUUUAUUUUGGGAAUCAGUGGAUAUCAAUAUCAGCUACCUUAUAAGUCUCUUAGAUUUAAAAAUAUGCAUACUUUUUCACUAGAUUUUUUCUUAUCCUGUUUCAGUUUAUCAUAAUAAUAUAGUUAUAUAUAGAGUUAAGACUGCUAUAAGAGAAGACAGAAGAAUCUAUAUAAUAUAACUAGAUGAAGUAUAAUAUUGUGAUGUUCUUUCCUAACUCAGUUGUAUAACUCAUCAUGUCAUAAAUAUGAAAUAUAUCCCAGUGACUAUAGAAUUUACUAAUGGAAAUUCUGUGAAUAAUAUUUUUGAAGCA